AUGUCCCACACGACCAACAACCCUCCCUCUCCUCCCCAAUCCACUGCCCACAUGACCCGGUACACGCCACGCACCCUAUACCUCACGGCAUUCAACACGCUGUUCUCUGCGCUCUGGGCAAGCGUGUUUGUGCAUGUGGUAGUGUUGAUAUGGAGGGGAGAGGAACGGGGGCGGAUUUUCGAGCAGACGGAGUUUGGGGUAAGGUGGUUGCAGAGUGUGACAGUGGUUGAGAUUUUGCAUUCAUGGAUUGGCCUCAUAAAAUCCCCCCUCCCAACAACAGCCCUCCAAGUCGGCACCCGCAUCAUCCAAGUCUGGCUCAUCUGGCACACCUUCCCUCUCAGCACCGCCGCUUCCCUAGCCUACCCGGCGCUGCUGCUGGCCUGGUCGGUUGCAGAUGGGAUUCGGUAUGCGUAUCUGGCUUUGAACAUGCAUGGGAUGGCGCCAGGGUGGUUGGUUUGGAUUCGGUACACAAUGUUUUAUAUUCUUUACCCCAUUGGCAUUGCAGCAGAAUGGUGGUUGUUCUACAUGGCGGUGGAGCCGGGGCGGAAGAUUAAUGGGCUGAUUCCGCCCGUGUUUUAUUUCUUGUUGGCGCUUUAUGGACCUGGGUCGUACAAGAUGUAUACGUAUAUGAUUAAGCAGAGGAGGAAGACGCUGGGGGGAAAGCAGCGGAGGUCUUGA